AUGUCGCUCGAGUACACGUGGGCCAAAACGCGUCAGAGGACUCUUCAGCUUUCUUAUUGGUGUAUCACAGCCAAACCUGCACCGAUUGGCUUAUACCAGCAUCAUGCAGUCUGUCAGUGGUCGUGUCAUAUUUCAUUGCCUCGAUCUCCUCUCACCUCUUUAUGCCCUCUAGUUCCCAUCAUCCCCAGCUACCUGUACACUCUGGAUGAGUCAACAGACGUGGUGUUGAAGAACAGCACCGCGUCACAGCUGGCAGCUCCAGGGACCUUUCACAGCAUUGUGUCCUUAUACGACAACACCGUGAGGUCUUCAGGUUCCAACGCCACAGGCAGGUCUCCGGACCUGGUCCCUACGGCCCUUGCUGCCACAGAGCUGCCACACAACAUCUCUGACUGCCCCCAGUCUGCCAGCAGGCUGGUCAAUGAGAAUGUCAAAGUGGGACUGCUGUUUGCCUCCAAGGCCACCGUACAGCUGAUUAUCAACCCCUUCAUAGGCCCUCUCACAAACAGAAUAGGAUACCAGCUUCCCCUAUUCGCUGGCUUCUGUAUCAUGUUCCUCUCUACUAUCAUGUUUGCCUUCUCAUCAAGCUACGCUCUGCUGUUUGUGGCCAGAUCCCUGCAGGGUGUGGGCUCGUCCUGCUCCUCUGUGGCUGGGAUGGGAAUGAUUGCAAGUGUGUACACAGAUGAGGAGGAGAGAGGCCACGCUAUCGUGAUCGCCCUGGGCGGGGUGGCAUUGGGAGUGUUAGUUGGACCCCCAUUCGGCAGUGUGAUGUAUGAGUUUGUUGGGAAGACGGCUCCUUUUCUUAUUCUGGCUUUCCUGGCUUUGUUUGAUGGAGCUCUGCAGCUCGUUGUUCUUCAGCCCACCAAGGUGGAACCAGAGAGUCAGAAGGGGACCCCGCUGUUGACGCUAAUGAAGGAUCCAUACAUUCUGAUCGCAGCUGGUGCCAUUUGUUUUGGAAAUAUGACCUUUGCCAUGAUGGAGCCAACGCUGCCAAUCUGGAUGAUGGAGACCAUGUGUGCCAAGGAAUGGCAGCUAGGCGUUGCUUUCUUACCUGUGUCCAUCUCCUACCUUAUUGGAACCUACAUCUACAGUACGUUGGUGCACAAGAUGGGGAGAUGGCUUUGUGCUCUCAUUGGAAUGGUGCUGGUUGGAGUCAGUGUAAUAUGUGUAAGUAUAAGGCUGACAACUACACCAUUAGUGGGAAUUCAGAUAUCAGAUAUUUCAGCACUGGAGGGUCACUAA